AUGUUCAAUAAUAUUUUAGUCUCUGCUAUUAAUGCUUGGAAUUCAACAGAAAUGGGUGCUACACAUAACGAUUCCGAACAAGAGGGUACAGAAAGUCAAGUAAAAAGUCAAGUAGAAAUUCAAGUAAAAAACGCGGGAUCAAAUCCAGAAAAAAUAGCGAAGGCUGAAUCGUCGUUAGAUGCCAUAUAUUUGACAAAUUUAAUUCAAGAAUGUGAACAAGGAAAUGAAGAUUACAAUGAAGAAUUGAUAAGAAACAAAGAAAAUUUGAUAAAAGAAAAAAGUGUUAAUGAAAAAUUACAGGAGAUUUUUAAAUUACCAAAACCGCCAAAGCAACUAAAUGGAGAAUUUCGAUGUACUUUAAUACAUUCUAUAAUGUUGCAGGGGAUUAUGUUUUUAACGGAUUGUUCUAUUUGUUUUCAUGCGUAUUUUCCAAGAGAACAGGAUGUUAUAUUGAAAGAAGGAUAUCUUUAUAAGAAAUCAUAUUAUAAACCAGUUUAUGAUCGAUAUUAUUUUUCACUUCAGAAUGAUAUCUUAACGUACUGUCUGGAUUCCACAGAUAUGUAUUGUCCUCUUGAAAUAAUUGAUCUUAAAUACGUUUUGAAAGUGGAACUUAAGAAGAAUAGUUUCGAAAUUGUCACACCAAAUCAAACUUAUAAAUUUCAGACUGAUUCAGAUAUAAUAGCUGAAGAAUGGGUGACCCAAUUGAAAAGAUCUGUAGUUAGGGCAAAAUAUGAUGGCGGAAAUGCUAAGAUUAUAAUUCCAAUUGAAAGCAUUACUGAUAUCAAUAGUAAUUUAUCUUCGAAUUUUCCAAAUACUAUUCAAAUUAAAAUAUUAGAUCCAGAAGAUCCGUCAAGUUGUGAAGAGUACUUCUUUGCAUUCUUUUUGGAUAGUCAAUUAUUAUACAAAAAAUUAACAGAACUUUGGAAUAAAAAUAAAUCUGAUUUAGCACAUUCGAGGGAUUUAACAAAUUUGGAAGAUGAUAAUUCCAAAACUAAUAUCAAAAUUGAAACAAGUCCGUUAACGUCUAUAAUUGGAACUAUAAAAUCUGCGGGAGAAGAAUUGAAAAAGUCAAUGACAAUACACAAACGAUCCAAAAGUUAUAAUGAUUCAACACGACAAUUAAAUCAGAAAAUAAGUUCAACAAUUGAACAUCUAGAUAAUGAUACACAAGCUACUACUAGUAUGACAAGAAAACUUUCACACCGUGUUUCUAUAUUAUUAAAGUAUCCUUCGAAAUUAAUCAGUAGUGGAACCAAGGAGAGUCCUGCUGAAGAAACAAGUACUCGUUUUAGACAAUAUUUUGCCUUAAAGAAUGAACAACUUCAUGCCGUUUUUCAUGGAUAUUAUCUUCGAAUGAUUCCAAUACUUGGAAAAUUUUAUAUUUCUGACAAUUACGUUUGCUUCAAAUCUAGAGUUAUCGGAAUGACGACAAAUAUAAUGUUACCAAUAUCUGAUAUUUUCCUUUUAAAAACCCAAAAAGCGACUAUGUUGGGAUAUUAUGGAUUGGAUGUGUUGACAAAAACUCAACAAGAAAUGUUUUUUGAAUUCGGUUCUAAAGACAUUCGUGAUAAAUUUGUUGAAAUGGUUGAAUUUCGUAUGAAUAAAAAUAGGAAAGUUUCAUUGUCUGGAGAAAGUCAAGUUUUAAUUCAACAGGCUAUCGUAAAGGAUCAAUUAUUGUUAAAAAGAUUAUCUACUAGUAAUGUCACUUCAAAAAUUUCAAAUUUUGGUGAGAUUAGUUCAAAACCAGAAAAACCUAUGCAUAUCACAUGUUUGACAAUUGGUUCGCGUGGUGAUGUUCAGCCAUAUAUCGCUCUGGCUAAAGGUUUAAUGAAAGAAGGUCACAAAGUUAAAAUUGCUACUCAUGGUGAAUAUGAAGAAUGGAUUAAAAGUCAUGGUAUAGAAUUCGGUUAUGUGGGAGGAAAUCCCGCUGAAUUAAUGUUCCGUGAUUGGUUAGAUGAUUUAUUACAAACUUCUUGGGAAGCGUGUAAGGGAACGGAUUUAAUAAUAGAGUCUCCAAGUGCUAUGGCCGGUAUUCAUAUUUCCGAGGCUUUAGAUAUUCCUUAUUUUAGAGCAUUUACGAUGCCAUGGACGAGAACAAGAACUUAUCCUCACGCAUUUGCUGUUCCCGACCAUGAUCUUAAGGCUCCUUACAAUUAUUCUUCUUAUGUUCUUAUUGAGAAUGCAUUUUGGUUAGCAAUUUCGCCUCAAAUUAAUCGAUGGCGAAAAAAUACACUUCAUUUAAAAAGUACCAACACAGAAAAGAUGGAUCCUUCUACUGUACCAUUCCUUUAUAAUUUUAGUAAAUAUAUUGUUCCCAAAGCUAGUGAUUGGUCUGAUUGGGUGAGCGUAACUGGAUAUUGGUUUUUAGAUGAUCCCGAUAUUGGUUGGAAAGUACCUAACGAUCUUUUGGAAUUUAUAGAAAGUAAUCAUGCGAGAAAUAAAAAAAUCGUAUAUAUUGGAUUCGGAUCUAUAGUUGUUGAUGAUCCAAAAGCUUUAACAAAAACUAUUAUUGAUGCGGUGGGAAAAAGUAAUGUAGUGGCCAUUUUAUCAAAAGGAUGGAGUGAUCGUUUACUUAAGACAAAAGAUAGCAAAAAUGAAGAAGAAAAAGAAGAAAAAGAAGAAAAAGAAGAAAUUAAAGAAAUUAAAGAAUCAUAUUCUAAUAUUUACUUAAUGGACUCAGUACCUCACGAUUGGUUAUUCCAAAGAAUUGAUGCAGUAGUACAUCAUGGAGGUGCGGGAACUACAGCCGCAGGACUUCGUGCAGGUAUUCCAACAAUAAUAAAACCAUUCUUUGGAGACCAAUUCUUUUGGGGUGAACGAGUAGAAAAUAUGAAAAUUGGAUUUUGUAUUAAAAAAUUGACAGUGGAAAAACUAGCUGAAUGUCUUAAACUUGUUACCACCGAUCUAAAAAUGAUAGAGAAAUCAAAGUUGGUUGGAGAAAAUAUUCGUAAAGAAGAGGGAGUUUGUACAGCAAUACAAGAGAUUUAUAAACAUCUUGAUCACGCUAGACAAAGGAUAAAAUCACAAAAGGAACGAACUGCUAUGGAUUAUUCUUUACUGAGUAGUGUGGCUCUAACGCACGCAGUUCCCACCACCGAAGAUGUUUCUGACAUUUCUUCAACCUCUGUCGAUAUAUCGGAAGCAAAUAAUUCACAAUCCCAAGAAUUAGUGGUCUCCAUUCAACGAAUUGAUGAUCUUGUAAAUACCAAAGGAGAAAUAAUAGCGGAAAAGUUAGCCGCUGUCAUAAUAACUUUUGAUUUAAAUGACGAUAAUGUAUUGACAUUAAAUUCUGUACCCGUAGAAUUAGGAGCUAGUAUAAUUCGUGGUGAUGUCAAACCCGAAGAUAUUCAAAAAUAUGAUGAUAAAUUUGACAUUGGUCUCAUUAUGGUAGAAGUAAGAUCAUUCAUUGAACCUAUUUCUAAAGGAAGUAAUGGAACUAUUUCCAAACUCACCAUAUUUGUCAAGAUUCUUGAACUCGAUGGUGUUAAAGUUGUCCAUACUGAUGCAGUUGAGAGAGUUGUAGAAUUCCAAUUACUUGAAGUUAAAGAAGGACAAAAUAUCGAAUUAAUUCCUAUCGAUGUUAAAUCCGAAGAAACAACUGUGCCUAUUCAAACACAUCAUAAACCAUGUCCAUUACUUCACUCAUUUAUUCAUUGGUGGAAAUGUUCCUCAAAAUACACUAAAAUCUUUAUUAUUUCAUUCGCUCUCACUUUAUUAUCUUGUUCAUUCUUCCUUCUUUUAGUUCCAGUAGCUAUAAACAAAUUGAAAUUACCAACUAAAUUUAAUGAAUACAAAAAAAUUCUUCAAGAAGAAGAAUUUGGUGAUAAUGAGGAUUUACAAGUUGAACAAGUAAUAUUUAUUGCUGAAGAAGAAAAACAUGCGUUAGCUUCAUUAAAAAACGCGAAGGAAGCAAUCACAACAAAAAAAUACGAAGAUGCUAUUAAGCAUUGUUUGAAAGUUUUGCAGUUCGAGAAUUCUAAUUAUUUCGCAAACGUUUAUCUUGGAGUUGCAUACUUGAAUUUAAAUAGAUAUGAUGAAAGUGAACAGUCAUAUUUACGUGCUAUUGAGAUUGAUCCUAUUCAUCCUCUUGCUUGGCAGCAAGAAAAUUGGGUAAAAUUAGAAAAAAUUUGGAUCCAAUUAUUAAACAAACAUAAAGAGAGCAAUGAUGGAAAGAAGGUUUUAGAUGUUAUAAAUAAACUUCUAGACUUGUACGCUAAUAAAAGAAAAGAUAGACAAAAGUUAAUAAUUACCUUAAAAUAUUUAUUACCCACAAAAAGUCCAUAUUAUGAAUUAAUUCAAGGUUUGGAUGGACUUCAAUCACCUAAACAAAUAUUAUUACAACUUAUAAAUUUGACAGAAAAAGAAGAAUGUGAAAAUAUUAAACGUGAAAUUGAUAAUCGAAGGCAAAGACUUAAUUCAGGAACUCUUUCUUCUAUUAAAAUUCAAUUAGAAGAAUUCUAUGAUUCAUUAUUUGAAAUUAUUGAUAGUUCAGUGAAUAAUUUAGAUAUAAAUGAAAAAAAUGAAUUAAUGAUGAAUUAUUUUAAACAUCUUCAAAAGAAACUUGUUGCCAUUCCUUUAGAAAAUAACAUUAAUAAUAAUAAGCAACAGUUGAGGGAGAAGCUUUUCAAAUUAGCAAAUGAACUUGUGGAAAAAGAUUUAACAUUUUCUUUACCAUAUGAAAUAUUAAUUGAAAGCACUAAUGUAAAUACACCAGAUGAAUAUGAUUUAAAUUUGAUGAAAAAAUAUUCAGAGAAAUUUAAUGAUACUGGAUUAUCAAAAAUUAUUCAAGGAUAUUUUAUAGCUAAACAAGGAGAUAAAACUGAAGCUCAAGAACUUUAUAAUGAUGGAUUUGAAUUGACAUCAAAUAGUAUUUUUGGACAUCUCGUCUUUAGUUGGUUUAAGCAUGAUAGUAAAGAUUAUGAAUUGGCAUUAGAAUCUGCUAAAAAUGGUAAAGAUUUGAAGAUUCUGAAAGUAGAUUCAAAUAAUACUUUAGCUCUUCAGGGAUUAGGAAAAAUAUUAGCAGAACAAAGACAAUUUGAAAAGUCAAUUAAAGUAUUUGAAAAAAUAUUCAAAUUAGAUUCCAAGAAUCAUCCUGCCAAAAGUGAACUUUCUUGGGUUUAUUUCAUGAUGGAAAAUUAUGAUGAAGCCAUAGCUCUUAUUAAAGAAGCAAUAGAUAUAUGUGAUAAAAAUGCAUUACAUUUUUAUCGUUUGGGAAGAAUUUAUUGGGCGAUUGGUGGUGAAUAUCAAAUUAAUAAAAGUUAUGCCUACUCUCAAUUCAUUUCUUCCGUCAGGUUGGAUACCCAAUUUUCCAGCUCUUUUACAUAUCUUGGUCAUUAUUAUCGAUUAAUAGAAAAUGAUAAUGUAAGAGCAAAAAAAUGUUAUGAAAAAGCGUUUUCUAUUGAUCCACAUGAGGAAGAAGCUGGAAUACAAUUAAGUGAAUAUUAUCAAUUCAAUAAUGAAGAAAAUUUGGCAGUUGGAAUAUAUCGAGCUGCCAUUAAAGCAAAUUCUAGAUCCGGAUGGGCCUGGAAACGAUUAGGCUUUGUUGAAUUGGCACGGAAGAAUUAUUUAGAAGCAAUUACAGAUUUUCAAACAGCCUUAAAAACAUUUUCUAAAGAUAUUAGUUGUUGGGAAGGUCUUGCUGAGGCUUACCUUCAUGAAGGCCGAUACAUGGCUUCAUUAAAAGCUUUCACGCGUGCUACCGAUUUAAAUCCUUCUUCAUUUAACGUUCAUUAUCAAAUUGGUUUAGUUAAACAAAAAUUGGGUAUAUUUAAUGAAGCUAUCGAUCAAUAUAAAUUAGCUAUUGAAAUAGCUCAUCAGCAACAAGCGAAAACUCAACAAGUGAAAGUUACUCAAAUGAAAGAUGGUGAACAUUUACCAUCAUUAAAAGGAUUGGGUGAUUGUUAUUUAGCUUUAUCUAAAGAAUAUUUUCAUUCCGGAUUUUAUGGUCGAGCUAUUGAAUCUUUAAAUGAUGGUUUGUUAAUAAUGCAAAAAGCAAUUCAAAAUUAUAAUGAUUAUCAAUUUUUAUGGAAAUUAAUUGAAAUUGAUAAAAUAGGAUUAAAUUUAUUAAACAAUUCAGAAAAUGAUGAUCCAACAAUUAAUUUAUUAAAUAAUUCGGAUUUAUUAUUAAUUCUAUUAACUUGUGGGUGUCUUGCAUAUAAAUAUGCUAUUUUUUUAACUUCUGAUACUUCAACUAUUGCUACAUUGUGGUAUGAUUUGGGUGUUGGUUAUUAUUAUAUUUUUGAGAAUCAAUCUAAAAUUAUAACUGAAUUAUUGGAUUUUUAUGAUAAUGACAAUAAUUAUUAUAAUGAUAAUGAUGAUAUUUUAUUGAAGAAUUUAUUGAAUGUUGGAAUUAAAUGUAUCAAAAUUGCUUUGAAAUUAGAACCAACAAAUUUUAAUUUUUGGAAUGCUCUUGGAAUUAUAACAUUUUUUGCUGAUGUAAAAAUUAGUCAACAUUCUUUUAUUAAAGCUAUUGAUUAUUCUCCAAAGAAUCCAAUCCCGUGGACAAAUCUAGGAUUUUUAUAUUUAUUGAAUUCAGAUUUGGAACUUUCCAGUAAAGCAUUUUCUACUGCCCAAUCAUUGGAUCCUGAUUAUGUAUUGGCUUGGGUUGGACAAGCUUAUGUGAAAUAUCUUUAUGGAGACAAUGAUGAAGCGGCUGAAUUAUUUGAACAUACUUAUGAUAUUAGUGGUGGUGGUUAUGUGCUCGAAGCAGAUUAUGGAUUUGCACAUCAAAUAUAUUUAAAAUUCAAGAAAUCUUCAUUUAUUACAACAACUUUACACAAAUCUUUAUUAAUUUCUCCUACAUUCGCUUUACGAAAACUUGUUGAGCAAAGAUCUGAUGACGCUGCUUCAUUAAAUCUAUUGGGAUUAUUAUUUGAAUGGCUUGAACAGCCUGUUAAUUCUGUUGAGGCAUUCGGUGAUGCAAUUAUUGCUUUAGAAGAUAAAAUUGAUCAAAUAAAAAAUAGAAAUGUAAGACAACCAAUAGACAAAUUUACAGAAGAAAAAGAAUUAUCCAAUUCAAUUACAAAAAAGCUUGCUUAUGUAUAUGGAAAUUUCGGUAGAGUUCUUUGUAGUAAUAAAGAAUUUGAAAAAUCAAUUAAUGCAUAUAAUACAACAUUGAAUCUAAUCGAGCAACUAGAAGGUGAUCAAAGUGAUUCUUCUUUAACAACGAUAAGAUCAUUUAAAAUUUACACUAUAUUAGGGGCUGGAUUAGCGUAUUAUUAUAAUAAUGAAUUAGAUGAUUCAUUAAAAAUGUUUGAAGAUGCACUUUUUAUUUCUGAGCAAAUGCAAAACGACACUUUUGCUUCUUAUAGAAAUGACGAUAAUAGUAUUGAAAUUGAAGAAGUUAGAAAAGAUGUGAUAGUUUUAUUAUCACAAGUUUUAUGGGCUUUAGGUGGUGAAGAACAGAGAAAUUUAGCGAAAGAACAAUUAUUUGGAUGUAUUUCACAAAAUCCAAAUCAUCUUCCCGCAAUUUUUGGUUUAUGCGCAAUGGGGUUAUUACAAAAUGAUGACACUUUGACUACUGCUGCUUUAAGAGAAAUGAAAAAUAUUCCUAUAAAAGUUGCAGAUAAGUUAGAUAAAGACCGUGAUAUAGAUUUCUUAUUUAGUAGAUAUUUCUUGUUGCAGAAUUCUCUAGAUGAAACAACAAAUACAUUAUCUAAAUCAGUUCGAAUUCGUCCUCCCGAACUUGUGGGUUGGACUCGAUUAUCCGAACAUCUUAUUUCCAUCGUUGAUCCAUUUUCUGCAGUUUCUAUAUCUGGUACCGCUUUGAAAUUAAUUUCUAAUCCAUUAUCAUUUGCAUCUAAAAAUCUUCCAACUAAUGAAAAAUCAAAAGUAUAUCAAAAUUAUACUUCGGCUUUAAUAAUUGCCAGAAGAGAAUUAAAACCGAGUGAUGAUGAUGGUGUGGCAAAAGAAGAUGAAGUAGAUAGUAAUAAAAAGAAUGAUAAAAUCAUGGAAUUUGAGAAACUCGGAGUGGAAAUGCUCGAAGCUGCCCAAAGAGCUGUCAAAAUUGCACCUUGGGAUUUGGUUGGUUGGUCAUUGCUCGCUGUAGCUCAUGACGAAAGUUGA